CCGGCGCUUACAUCAGAGAAGCUAGAAGAGUUCCUUGAAGGAAGACUGCGCCUAAUUAGUGACCUCACUGAGCAGCUUAAACAGGUGCUGGAGUCCAUCUCCUCGUUAAAUACCAAAUAUGAUACCAUCCUAGUGACCUUGUCGCAGCUAGGGAAGGACAAAACCGCCCUUGUGGAAGAAAAUGCGAGCCUUAAAACUCAGGUUUGGGUAUUACCAAUAAUUUAAAGCAAGCUAAAAAGUCUCUUAAUGACUUAGACCAGUAUACCAGAAGAGACUGCACUGAAAUUCGUGGCAUCCCUCUUCCUGAGGAACCCUCGGAGGAAGACACUAAUGACAUUGUAAUUCAGCUGAGCGAGAAAAUCGGUGUUCCAAUGGAAAGAAACGAUAUCUCAACUAGCCAUCGAAUCCCAAGUGCAAAACACUUGAUGGAACCUGCUAUUAUUGUCAAGUUUGUGGGGCAUAAGGUGAGAGAAAAUUUUUAUCUCGCAAGGAAGAGGCUGAAGUCUGUCUCUACGGCUGAUCUUCGAUUCUCUGAGGCUAAUAAGAUCUACAUCAAUAAAAGUCUAACGCAGAAGAACAAGGAACUGUUUAACGACUGCUUGAAAUUCAAGAAAGAUCACAGUUACAAGUUCCUGUGGACUAAUGCUGGAACGAUUUUUCUUAGAAGAGAUGCUGACUUCCCA